AUGGAUGCUGAUAUAAUGGAAGAUAAUAAUGAUCAGCGGGAUGAUGAUGAUAAAAGAAGUGAUAUUAGUGACGAUGAUCUAGAAAGAAGUAUUAAAGAAACUCUUGAGAAUAGUGAGAAUCAUGGCGAAUUAUCAAAGCCUACAUUAAAUAAAUGUCAACAAAACAAAAAGCGCUUUUUGGUACCAUGGACAUCGCAACAAAAAACAACUGCAAAAAUGUUUUAUAAAAAUCAUAUUGACAAUAAAAGACCUCCUAAACAACACGAAUAUGAAGAGCUAUGUCAAAAAUAUCCAGGAAUGUUUGACAACAAAUCAUGGACCAAAAUAAAAGUUUUUAUCCAAAAUAUGUAUUCAAAGAAAACGUUUUAUGAUGAUAAAUAA